UGACCCCGGGCUCGUGCAUCCCCCCAGCCUCAGCCUGGCCUUCUGGAGCCGUCCUGGGGCAGAGACCCGGCGCCUCUGUCCUCUGGCCGCCGGGGGCCGGGGACCCCGAAGGUCCGGUGUCGGCCCGGGAGUGGGACCCAGCGCUGGGUAGAGUUCGUCUUAGUUUCUGGGAACGGGACUUGUCUUCCAUGUGUCCACAUAGAAGGGGGCACUAGUCGCCUGUUGUGCCGUCCUUGCGCCUUUGGAUUGGUGGUCGGGGUCCGCCUGCCUUCGGGACUGGCUGCUGACAGUCCCGGGACUCCCGAGGGACUCCCGAGGGUCUCCGCAGAGCUCUGGCGGCUGCCUCCCCGGCCCCUGUAACGCGGACGAUUUGUUUACAGAAAGUUCAGGAGCCCUGGAAAGGAGAAGGAGUAAGACGUCUGGAGGAAGAGAGAGAGCGGGUAGAAUGGAAGAGUCUCACUUCAAUUCUAACCCGUACUUCUGGCCUUCGAUCCCCACAGUCUCAGGACAGAUUGAGAACACAAUGUUCAUCAACAAAAUGAAGGAUCAGCUGCUGCCAGAGAAGGGCUGUGGGCUGGCUCCACCUCACUACCCCACCUUGCUGACAGUGCCUGCCUCCGUGUCCCUGCCCUCGGGCAUCAGCAUGGACACCGAGUCCAAGUCCGAUCAGCUGGCCCCACACAGCCAGGCGUCCGUCACCCAGAACAUCACGGUGGUCCCUGUGCCAUCUACAGGCCUGAUGACUGCGGGAGUCUCCUGUUCUCAGAGGUGGAGAAGAGAAGGGAGUCAAUCAAGGGGUCCGGGUCUGGUCAUCACGUCCCCCUCAGGCUCUCUCGUGACCACAGCCUCGUCUGCUCAGACCUUCCCCAUUUCGGCUCCCAUGAUUGUCUCAGCUCUUCCCCCGGGCUCACAAGCCCUGCAGGUGGUCCCUGACCUCGCCAAGAAGGUGGCAUCCACCCUAACAGAGGAAGGAGGUGGAGGUGGUGGCGGAGGUGGCAGUGUGGCGCCUCCCAAGCCACCCCGGGGCCGGAAGAAGAAGCGGAUGCUGGAAUCUGGGCUGCCUGAGAUGAGUGACCCCUAUGUCCUCUCCCCUGAGGACGACGACGACCAUCAGAAAGAUGGCAAGACCUACAGGAGCGAAGGGAACUGCGGCACAGGAGAUGGACAGAGCCUUGGGCUCAUGGAUUCAGUUCCCGGCUCCACCACGAGCUUGCUGUGUGACCCUGGGUGCCGGAUGUGCUCCCUGACGUUCUACUCAAAGUCGGAGAUGCAGAUCCACUCUAAGUCACACACCGAGACCAAGCCCCACAAGUGCCCGCACUGCUCCAAGACCUUCGCCAACAGCUCUUACCUGGCCCAGCACAUCCGGAUCCACUCGGGGGCCAAGCCCUACAGUUGUAACUUCUGUGAGAAAUCCUUCCGCCAGCUCUCCCACCUCCAGCAGCACACCCGGAUCCAUUCCAAGAUGCACACGGAGACCGUCAAGCCACACAAGUGCCCGCACUGCUCCAAGACCUUCGCCAACACCUCCUACCUGGCCCAGCACCUCCGUAUCCACUCGGGGGCCAAGCCCUACAACUGCUCCUACUGCCAGAAGGCCUUCCGCCAGCUCUCCCACCUCCAGCAGCACACACGGUAA